GUUAUCUGAUCUGCCAAACCGAAAGUGAAAGGGUCUUCAGAGUUCUUUCUUCACAAAUAUCCGGUCCUCAACCAGAAAAACACCGACCUCCACACCCUGCCUGGCUGUACUACCGCGCCUUCCGCUAACCGACCCCACUGAGUGUCACCCACCAUGGGGGACAGCAAGUACCUGCACCCUGUGGCCCUAACCUGGAGCCAAGAGACAGAAAAACUGAAAAAGCUCAAAAAUAAACUGCAGAUUUAUUUCGGGAAACAGAGCAAAUCAGACGGAGGAGAGUGCGAGAUCCGAGACACCGACUGCACCCGGGGGUACAUCCUCAUACACUUCAAGGAGGAGAAAGCACGGGAUCGGGUUCUGCAGAGGAAAACUCAUGAAGUGAAAUUACCGGAUGGAACAACAUUACAGCUGGAAGUCCGAUUACCGGAAGACAUACGAAGGAGAGAGACCCCCCCACCCGAGGUUGGGGCUUCUAAAACCGAGAAGAGCCGGAACCUCCCAGAGAAAGAAGAGGCGUCACCCAGCCGCUCGUCCUCUCUGGUUCUGAUUGAGAACGUCCCGGACAGCUUCACUCCGGAUAUGAUAAACCUCCUGGUGGGGAAUAUCAGUGAGAGAUCCAUGGACACGGACUUCUACAUAGAGAAUAUUCCAGAGAUCCAAUCAGCUGUCAUCACCUUCACAUGUGAUAUAGAUAUUGACGACUUCAUUGGAAAGUUCUCAAGGAACCCGAGAGUAAAACAGCAGAAAAUAAUGGCAAAGAGUCUGGAGGAAACCAGAAGUGUCCGAGUGGAGGGGAUCCACCCCGACACCCCGGAGGACAUGGUCACACUUUACUUCGAGAGCGCAAAGAACUGA